AUGGUGGACACCAUCGGCAACCUCCUGCGCUCGCUGCGGCUCCUGGAGGAGACGGGCUCCGCGAGGUUUUCCGGCUAUGACGGCGAGGAGGCCGAGAGGACGAUUUGGACGAACUACGCGGAGGCGUUGCAGUGGCCUUGGUGGGUGUCCACCGACUGCCCCUUCGCCGACUUGAUGUUGAGGCUGUGCCUGUGGUCCGCCUGCUUGCUGUCGGACAACAGCCACCAGAGUUGCGAGCAGUUCAGUGCGAAGCCCAUCCUGCUGAGCAGGGAUCUCCUGGGUCACGAUGGAUCGCACUGGGCUUUGAGGAGUUGGGAGCAGCUCUACGUCUUCUUGAACACCCGCUUCGCGGCGUUCUUCUCAGACUGGGCGCGGCGCAUGCGGCUGCUGGCAGCAUGGAAGCUGAGCAGGGAGGAUUACCCAGGCCUGGACUGUGAGGGCGACGGGCUGUGGCCCUCCGGCUGGGACUGGGCGGGACAUUUGGAGAGGAUCUCUACAAAUGACCCCAACCAGUUCUACGAGCCUGGCAGGGAGGACCGAGAAGCAGAAGGUGCUGUGGACUUCAGCAUGAACCCCGCGGCCUUCGUAAACAUCGAACAGAAGGUCAGAGAAUGCCCCGUGGGCAUGCUGGCCAUGCUUUCCCACCAGGUGCUGCUGGGCCUGAACAGCGUCUCUGAGCAGGCGCCGCUGACGCUUUUCCUGUUGGUCAAAGCUGCCGACAUGGUGGAGCAGGCGCUCCCGGAUUUGCUGCCGCGGCUGCUGCUGAGCCGCUGGCCUGUGCUACCCUUCCUCAGCGCCGCGGCGCUGGUGGUGCAGUGGAGGUCCUCUUGGCAAAUUGCUCCGCGGUACCAGAACAAGCCUUACCUCCUCGACUUCCGCCCGGAGGAGCUGAUUUUACCCUUAGAGGAGCAGCAACAGCUCCCAGUGCCCCAGCAGCAGAUGUGCCCUUAG